AUGUCUUCCCGAUAAAAUCAGCCAGAACACUCAGUGUGCUCUGACCGCUCGAUCCGUUUAGACAGCACAGUAAAAAGUUCAGCAACAUGGCCGAUGAGAAGAAGAAGGUUAAGAAGAAGAAGACCAAGGAAGAGGGAGGUACUUCUGAAACCGCUUCUGAAGCCGCAUCUGAGGCCGCAACCCCAGCACCAGCUGCCACUCCAGCUCCAGCUUCAACCACUGGAUCGAAGAGAGCGUCAGGUGGCUCACGUGGCUCAAAGAAAUCGAAGCGCGCUGGCUCCAGCGUGUUCUCCGUUUUCUCGCAGAAACAGAUUGCCGAAUUCAAGGAAGCUUUCCAACUAAUGGAUGCCGACAAGGAUGGCAUCAUUGGCAAGAACGAUCUGCGCGCCGCAUUCGAUUCCGUUGGCAAAAUCGCCGCCGACAAGGAAUUAGACCAGAUGUUGGGUGAGGCCUCCGGCCCCAUCAACUUCACACAAUUGUUGACCUUGUUCGCCAACCGUAUGGCAUCAUCCGGUGCCAACGAUGAAGAUGAUGUUGUCAUUGCCGCUUUCAAAACAUUCGAUGUCGAUGGUCUCAUUGAUGGUGAUAAAUUCCGUGAAACACUCAUGAACUUCGGUGACAAAUUCUCCGCCAAGGAGUGUGACGAUGCCUGGGAUCAGAUGGUCAUUGACGAUAAGAAUCAAAUCGAUACCGCCGCCCUUAUUGAGAUGCUCACCGGCAAGGGUGAGGAAGAGGAGGAGGAAGCCGCCGCAUAAACAGCGCUACACUCUGCACUCUAGCAACAACACCAGCAAACAAAUAAGUAAAAACAAAAAAAAAAUUAUAUAUAAUCUUAAAAAAAAAUAACCUUUAAUACAAAACACUAAGAUCCUGUUUUGAAAACCAAAAAAAAAAUGUAUCUUUACUUUUUUAAAAAAAUAAUUAACAACAACAUACUUUGUGUGUAAAUUGACGCAUUCAGUUAUUUGCAAGAAACAACCACAACAACUUUUCUUCAGUGCAAACAAAGAGCAUUACAAAAGUUAGUCCCUAUAUUAGUGUGCGCGCUAUGAAGCAAUGAA